AUGAUCCCUUCCCCAUCCCAUCCCUGGAGUGCAGCACAAAGUACUGACUGGCUGUCAAGGUUGCGGCACAAGCUGACUGUCCCGGCUUGCUUGCUGAGAAGUCGCGUCAGGCCCCUAACCCGGGCUAAUCAGGGAGCCUACCGUCCCAAGCACCAAUCUCCCUGCGCGUGCCAACGCAAACUGGCUCUCGAGGACCGCCUCCUACGCAACAACUCUUCGCUUCAAAGCAAGCCGUCGACCAGGCACUUGGGCACUCGCGACACCAAUGAGGGCUUCUCCCUCCCCCAACAUGCAGUCACACCUUCCUUCCCGUGCCGCGUAGGGGCAAUUUUAUUCCCAGGCAUACCACUCUUUGCGCGGAGGGUGGCCGACGACGGUGGCCCUGAGGAUCUUUUCGGACGCUGCUCUUGUGUACCUGGCAAUCCUUCGCGUGGCAGGGCAGAUCUGCACCGGUCUUGGAGUGGUAUCCGUUUGCAUCAAAAUCAAGAUUUUUCCAGUUCAAGAAGCGGGCAGUGGGGGGCCUACCCCAGGCGGCUCAAGCACCAUGCGGGCCUCAAAUCACGGCGAAUGCCUUAG